AUGGCACAUCCAACAUGGCGAACUCAUCCCCCCGGAUGCAUCUGGAGGAGAGCACCUGUAUUCUUCAGAGGCACCACUUUCAUUAAGCAGAAGCUGCAGGACAAGUGUCUAUUGCCUGUCACACGGCAUCCAAAGUCUCUACUGCCUGCACAGAUACCUCAGAACCCCAGCAACAGACACGUGGUACAGGGCCCAGCUACAGCAUCAAGCGGCAAGGACUGCAACGCCGUCACCUGGAAGUCGGCAGUGCACACACAAGAUGGGCAGGAGAGCUCCCAUCCAGAUGGCAACACACCGUGGAAUGCUGAUUUCCCCCCAACAUCUGCCCCGUCAUCAAGGUACUAUUUCAGCGGUAUUCACACCGCUGAGCUUGAUAAUUAG